UACUCUGCACUCUGCAGUCUGCACUGCAGCACCACACCAGCAGCAGCUUCGCCUGUCCUCUCUGGCUGGCAUGGCGUCUUCCGGCGGCGGGCGCUCACCGGCGACGGCGGUCUUAGACGACCUGGUCGAUGUUCGUGACCGUGUGGCGAUGCUGCAGACCGUGCUGCAGGAGUCUUCGCCUGAGGCGACCUUGGAGGCGGGGGAGCUGGUGGACGGGAUGAUGGCCAAGCUGUCGAGCGCCUUGUCCGCCGUUCUCAGCACCGGUGAUGGCGGCGUGGCGUCGUCGUCAGGAACAGGCCGGGGACUGGGCGGGAGGAGGAAGAGAUCCGGCACGGCGUCAUCCGGGCCGCACCGCCGGAGCAGCUCCAGGAGAAGGAUGAAGAGCCCUCUAAUCAAGACUGUCACCGCUACGACGCUCACAGAUGGCAAGUCAUGGAGGAAGUACGGUCAGAAACAGAUAAACGACUCUACUAACCCGAGGAGCUACUACAGGUGCACGCAUUUGCCAGAUCAAGGCUGCAAGGCCAAGAGGCACGUCCACGUAUCCGAGUCCAACCCGUCGGAGUACACCAUCGACUACUAUGGCCAGCACACCUGCAAGGAUCCCUCCACAUUUCCAUCACUCAUCGUCCAAGGGGCCGCCGACGCUGCCCCGCUGCCGGACUGCGCAAACCUCAUCAGCUUCGCGCCCAUCAAUGGAGCCAACCGUGCUUUCACUACCAGCACGAGCACGAGCGCUUUUUCUCAUCAUCUCAUGAAAGAAGCGUCUGAUUAUCAUCCUAUGCUCUUCUCCCGCUUCUCCAACUACAGCUCCUCGCCGCCGGCUCAGGAGGGCGUGUCCAGCGGCUCACCGUCGCCGGCUUGCCACAGGAAGUACAUGCAGUACGCCGGCGGGCAGUUCAUCAACGUUACUGGCUUAAGGACAUCACCGUUGACUGUGGGAUCAGCGCCGGCGGAGUACUGGCCGGUGGUGGAGGUCACCGGCGUCGACAUGGAUGUUGCCGCAGGCAUGGACACGUACAGCUUCCCUUCCUCGCCGAGCAGCCUCGGGUUCAUGUCAGGAUCGUUGGGGGGAUCAUUUGGCAACAACGUUUACGACGACGACCUGUUCAGCUUUGAUUCCUGACCAUGCCUAUGUACAUGCAUGCUAAUUGAGCCAUAACAAGGGCUUGCGCAAUUUGCACGGGCCGGGUAAUAGUAAUGAUAAUAGGGUGUACUGUCUAUGUAUGUGUAUAUUGGCCAAUAUUGGGCAUGUGUGGAACUGUGGAUAUGAACAAAAAGGUAGCUAGCUAGUAAUCUGUACUGUAUUGGCAUGUCAAGUGUAAAUAUAUACAUAUGUAAGUUUGCCUGCACGACCUUAA